AUGUCUUCAGAGGACAAGGAGGCCCAGGAGGACGAGCUGCUGGCUCUGGCCAGCAUCUACGAUGAGGAUGAGUUUAAGAGAGCAGAGUCUGUCCAAGGAGGAGAAACAAGGAUUUGUCUGGAGUUGCCUCAAGACUUCAAAAUCUUUGUGCGGGGCAGUUCCACAGAGAGCCUCCAGAGCAGUGGGUUCGAGUACUCCGUGUGCUUCCUGCCUCCCCUCGUGCUGAAUUUCGAGCUCCCACCUGACUACCCAUCCACCUCCCCGCCCGUGUUCACCCUCAGUGGGAAAUGGCUCUCCCAGGCCCAGCUCAGCGCUCUGUGCAAACACUUGGACAAUGUGUGGGAACAGAACCGAGGCUGUGUGGUGCUGUUUGCCUGGAUGCAGUUUCUGAAGGAGGAAACACUGAAUUACCUGAACAUUUCCUCGCCAUACGAGCUGAAAAUGUGCCCCCAGGGCAAGGGGCAGAGCCGGACACCGCUGGGGCCCCUGGAGGCUGGGAAGGACUGUGGGGGUGCCACAGGCUCUGCCACAGCUGAGGAGGAAACCGUGGAUGCCAGGGCUGUGCAGGAUGUGGAGUCCCUGUCCAGUCUGAUCAGGGAGAUCUUGGACUUCGACCAGGCGCAGAGGAGGAGGUGCUUUAACAGUAAGAUGUACUCGUGCAGCAUCUGCUUCUGUGAGAAGCUGGGCAGUGAGUGCAUGCACUUCCCUGAGUGCAGCCACGUGUACUGCAAAGCCUGCCUGAAGGACUACUUUGAAAUCCAGAUCAGGGAUGGACAGGUGCACUGCCUCAACUGCCCCGAGCCCAAGUGUUCUUCUGUCGCCACUCCAGGCCAGGUGAAGGAGCUGGUUGGGGAGGAGCUGUUUGCCCGCUAUGACCGCCUGCUGCUGCAGUCCAGCCUGGACCUGAUGGCUGACGUGGUUUACUGCCCCCGGCCGGGCUGCCAGACCCCCGUGAUGCAGGAGCCCGGCUGCACCAUGGGCAUCUGCUCCUGCUGCAACUACGCCUUCUGCACGCUCUGCAGGAUGACCUACCACGGCGUGUCCCCCUGCAAGGUCACUGCGGAGAAAUUAAUGGAUUUGAGGAACGAGUAUUUAGAAGCAGAUGAGACAACUAAAAGAUUUUUGGAACAACGCUAUGGCAAGAGAGUGAUUCAGAAAGCCCUGGAGGAGAUGGAGAGCAAGGAAUGGCUGGAGAAGAACUCCAAGUCUUGUCCUUGCUGUGGGACCCACAUCGAGAAACUGGAUGGCUGUAACAAGAUGACCUGCACAGGGUGCAUGCAGUACUUCUGCUGGCUCUGCAUGGGCUCCCUGUCCCGGGCCAACCCCUACCGGCACUUCAACGACCCCUCCUCCCCCUGCUUCAACAGAUUGUUCCAAGCCAUGCACAUCGACGAUGGGGAGUUCUGGGAAGCGGAGGAUGAUGAUCAGUAGCUUCCUCCAGCCCCACAAGGUGAACAAACCAGAGACAGAUGCUUUUUUUGUGUCCUUUGUUUGCUUUUCACUUCCAUUGUGUGACAGAAGAGUGGUAACUGCAGCACCCUCACACCUCAGAGCCUGUUGCCAAAACCAAAGGAGACUUUUCUCUGGGAUCAGCAUCAUCAUGGAAUCCCCAAACAAACAUGUUCAUUAUUAAAGAAGUCAGAAAUUGGAAAA